AUGACUUGCCUUGGAUACAUGCCAUUUGCCUAUGUAUGGCUGGCAACGAUGAACAUGAAGUGCAUCGUCAGGCUGAUCGAGGACAUUCUCAACAUGGGUUCCAAGACGCACAUCGAUGACUGGGCAUUUUGCGGACUUCAAGGCUGGCUGUGCGGCGACUUCAGGGACCAAAUUUACACGGAUGCAGUCAUGCCUCUCAUCCAAGAAGCAUGCAAGUUCGAUGAGGGGGAAUGCUAUUUGAUCCGGCUGGGAGCUUUCCGGAUGUUCCAGCAUGCGACUUGGCAGAUUUACGACGCGAAGAAGGGCGUCGUCAGGGAAGGCAAGCUCACGACAAAGAUGAUGUCAAGCAUCGACAGCCAUCCUUCUGCUUCCUUGGAGCUGAUGUUGGGGUAG